AUGUCCAAAACCCUCUUUGACAUUGUCUCCGACUUCCCAUACUACGAGGAGGAACCAGUACGCUUCACGCAAACGCUCAAAUCCUACCACGCAUUCAAAGUACAAGGCAUCGAUGCAAGUCUCGGAUACAUCCCAAACUCCCUUGUGAAGAGCAUCGCAUGGCCAAAAGAAUAUUGGAUUAUCGAGUCCGGGGCAAUUGUCCUACUGAACCCCCCAGACAAUGCAGCGUCCAUACGCACUCGAAUCAUUCAAGACGCAAUCAACAGGAUGAUUGAAGCCGGGUAUACCAAUAUCCUAAAGGGCUGGCGCAACGAAAGAUUCCCAGUUUACGGACCCGGUGGCGUCGUUAUCUUGGAAAUUGAACGGUCAGCUAGCUCACUAUUCGGCAUUGUAACCAGCGGCGUUCAGAUGCUUUGCUACGUCAAAGACGCCAAAAAUGGUAUUCACCUCUGGAUCGCUAAGCGCUCGAUGCAGAAGCAGACCUAUCCGAGCAUGUUGGACUGCACUGCGGCCGGGGCCUUGAGCGCGGGAGAGUCGCCGCGAAGCGCCAUGAUUCUCGAGGCUACAGAGGAAGCGUCUAUCGAACGUGAAAUUAUCGAGAGUGGCAUGAGCUUUGUCGGGGCUAUCUCGUAUUUCCACAUGAAAGAGUCAUCUAUUGCGCUAGGGACUGACGGGGCCUCGACGGCUGUUCUGUUACCCGAGGUCGAAUACCUGUAUGAGCUUCAGCUGGACGAAGGUAUUGUUCCCCAACCAAAGGAUUCCGAGGUUGAAGACUUUCGACUUUGGAAUCUGAACCAGGUGCUUGACGCUUUGGGCAGGGGCAUGUUUAAACCAAAUAGUGCGGUUGUGGUCAUUGACUUUUUCAUUCGCCAUGGCGUCAUCACACCAGAGACGGAGCCAAUGUAUGAAGAGAUUGUAAGAAGGCUGCAUCGGCGGCUGCCGUUUCCUACAGCGGAGUGGUCCGCAUAA